AUGGACGGGGCCGUCGCGGAGCUCGUGAGCAAGAUCCAGGUGUACGUGUACCCGCGGCGAAUCCGGGUCAAGGAGUUCUUCAAUGACUUCGAUCCGCUCAGGCACGGACGAUGCACCAUCAUCAAUUUUGCCAGGGCGGUAAACAUGCUGGGAAUGUCAGCGCUGAGUGAGGAGGAAGUCGACGAGCUAGCCGAGCACUUCACGGAGCAUGGUGCGCACGUGGCUCCGCCGGCCGUCGUGAACUACAUCAAGUUCUGUGAGGCAAUCGACCAGGUCUAUCUCGUGGGUAGCCCGGAUGAGCAUCACAUGUCCUGUUCGCCCAGCACCACUCAGCUCAUGUCGUUUAAGCCAAGCUCUCCAGAAGAGGAGGAGAAGUUCAUGCACGCCCUUCAUCGUUUGGCAGCCCUUUGCAAGGCGCGUGGGCUUCUCUUCAAACAGGUCUUCUUCGACAUUGACCGUGCUCCGGUGGCAUCACCAGCAAGAACUUCGCCAUUUAUGGGCGGGAAGGUGACCAGGGAGCAGUUCAUCAAGAGAUUCCCUUUCAAGAAGGAAUUCCCACUUGAGGACGUGGAGAUUCUCGCCAACAACUACAUGACGGACAAAGGCGAUGUCCACUUCAUGGCCAUGCACAAUGACAUCUCCGAAGUUUCCUCACAUGAACCCCCGCCCGUUCCCAGGAGUGAUCUGGUCCUUAAGCCAGAUGAGUCUGAGUGGAGCCAGGGACUCUACUCCAUCGUGGACAAGUUGCGCGCAAAGGUCGUGGAGAAGAGGGUCCGCAUCAAGGAAUACUUCCAAGACUUCGACCACUUGAAGAAGGGAUUUUGCAAAGCUUCUCAGGUCAAGACCGUCUUGACCAUCUGUGACCUUGGGAAGACUGUCACGGCGGCGGAUUACGAGGAGCUCCUUCACCGCUACGAGCGCGAAGACGGCAUGUUCUGCUACGGAGACUUCUGCGCGGAUGUCGACAGGGAGUUUGCGACCCCCAACCUGGAGAAAGAUCCCCUGGCUCAGACCAGCAUGCCCGACUCCACUUCAACGAUGGUGGCAAGGCGCAACAAGGUUGUGCUCACCCAAGAGAGGCUGAAGCAAUGGGAGUGGCUCGAGAGCAAGAUCCGGUCGAAGGUGCAGAGACAUCGCAUCAACCUCCUCCCCUCCUUCAAG